UCAGGGCGAGCACACCCCUACUGCCUGUGUCAGAGUAUUUCAGAACACAGGCCAGCAUUUAGUCAUAGUGCAUGGAAGCUGCACUCAAACUUGUCCGCCGAAGUCCGCUCAAACUUUUUGACAACACCAGGACAUUUCUUGUUUCUUAAGGAUCUGUGGACCACGAAUACUUCUUUUGUUCUCGUAGAAAGUGUGCGUCGUUACAACAGGAUACUUAAACGCACAGUUAUUUCCAACUCACAAACACAAUGCCUCGAUCUUUCUUGGUCAAAAAGUACUUCGCUAGACAAAAGCCUAACUACAGUGAACUGGAAUAUCAGAAUGACACUUCACUGGAGAGGUUUCCCUUUGCUGAGUUUCCUUCAGGGGACAACACAUCCUCUGCCACCUGCUUCACAACAGGUUUGGUUUGGGACCUGAGUGUGCUUCCUACCCUCUACCUACCCACCUCCCAAACUGAGCCUUCCACCAACGCAGGACCCUUGGACCUCAGCUCCCCAUCCAGCCUCAGCAGCAGUGCAAGCAGUUGUGGAGAGGAAGAUGAAGGACGCACAUCAGACCCCCCCAGCCCUGAACCCGUACACACGUAUGCCCCUCGCCAGAGGAUGAAAUGCACAGGUUCUAUGACUCACAUCAGCCCCCCUGAGGAAGAAGAGGAAAGAGAGACACAGGUCACAGCAGCAAGACCAGCCUUCCUCUGUAAACACUGCCCUAAAGAAUACAACAGCCUGGGGGCCCUGAAGAUGCAUAUCCGCUCACACACCCUGCCCUGUGUGUGUACCACCUGUGGCAAAGCCUUCUCCAGGCCUUGGUUAUUGCGCGGCCACAUCCGCACACACACAGGUGAACGUCCAUUUUCCUGCCCACACUGCAACAGGGCCUUUGCUGACCGCUCCAACCUGCGGGCUCAUCUGCAGACACAUGCAGAGGUGAAGAAGUAUCAGUGUGGCAUCUGUUCUCGCACCUUUAGCCGCAUGUCAUUGCUGCAGAAGCACAGCUCCUCAGGGUGCUGCUCCACCACGGUGUGAGACUCCACAGACACGGACAAAGGGUAUCCACUAAGAGCUCAGGACAGUGGUGGUCUAGUAGCCCCAGAGAAGGCAUCUACGCAAGCCCAGCUGGCCUGAUGAUGAUCUGUAAAGCCACAAAGAGCAUGAAGUGGCUUGCUUUAAGAGACCUGGAGGGACUCGAGCAUAAUUAUUGGAUCUGACUUUACAAGCCUUUUAGCUUCUCUGCUUUGUAAAACAACAUCUGAGGAGCAGAUUUUUUUAUUCUAAUCUAGAUUGAGGUCAUGAGGCUGGACCAAAGCUGAACAGAGCAAUACAAACACUCACUUGAUAUCAACCCCUUUGUUGCCAUCGUGCCCAUUCCAAAGAAAAAAUAUGUAGUGAACUCAUAGGGGUAAGAGGUGUUCCUGUCUCCGUCCUGGUGCCGGCUAGCUCAGGAUCAUGGCCCAGACACAGCUGCUGAGAGGUAGGGGUGCGUGGGUGGAAUAAAUCUCUCAGCAUGCCUCAUAACACACAGACACACAGACACACAGACACACACACACACACACACACACACACACACACACACACACACACA